ACGUCAAACGUGUAAAGUGAUCGCGCGAGUGUCGACGACCGAAUCAUCGAAAUCGGGCGGUGUGUGUUUUCUGGAAAAUCUAUCCGGCUGUUUCCGUUACUGCUAACCAAUAGCGAUCAUUCCCGUGGGACGAACCACUCUCCGGUGUCCUUGAAAUCGAUAAAGAACCAAGCCAACCGUUCUGCCCAGUGAAACAAAAUGCAGUGCAACGUUCGGCAUUUAGUGAAUCUGGCUGCCAAGGGUACUACCGCGGCUGGUCUUCGAAACCAUGGAGCAAUUCUUGGAGCGCUGUAUGGACGGUUCUACUCGACGACACAUGAUGCCGAUCUGGUUGUGAUUGGUUCCGGUCCCGGCGGAUAUGUCGCUUCCAUUAAAGCUGCCCAGCUUGGCAUGAAGACCGUCUGCAUCGAGAAGAACGACACCCUCGGCGGUACCUGUCUGAACGUCGGAUGCAUCCCAUCAAAGGCACUGCUAAACAACUCCCACUAUUAUCACAUGGCCCACUCGGGGGACAUGGCAAGCAGAGGCAUCUUGGCCGACAACAUUCGACUUGAUCUCGAAGCACUGAUGGGACAGAAGUCGAAAGCGGUUAAAGCACUUACCGGUGGUAUCGCGCAGCUCUUCAAAAAGAACAACGUUACCCACAUCAACGGAUGGGGAACCAUCACCGGACCGAACACGGUUGUGGCGAAAAAGUCCGAUGGCAGCGAGGAUAUUGUUAAUGCGAAGAACAUCAUGAUUGCGACCGGCUCGGAAGUGACACCCUUCCCGGGUAUUGACGUCGACGAGGAAACUAUUGUUUCUUCGACCGGUGCGCUGAAGUUAAAGGAAGUCCCUAAGCGAUUGGGUCUUAUUGGAGCCGGUGUUAUUGGCCUUGAACUUGGAUCAGUUUGGGGUCGGCUCGGUUCGGAAGUGACGGCAAUUGAGUUUUUGCCCACGAUUGGAGGUGCCGGCAUUGAUCAGGAGGUUUCGAAAUCUUUCCAAAAAAUUCUGACGAAGCAAGGUUUCAAAUUCCUACUUGGAACUAAGGUGAUGAGUGCUUCUAAAACUGGCGGAGCCAUUUCUGUUAGCGUUGAAAAUGUUAAGGAUGGCAAUAAGCAGGAACUGGAAUUCGAUGUGCUACUGGUUUCUGUUGGUCGUCGGCCGUACACCGAGGGACUUGGUUUGGAAAACGUCGGCAUUGUCAAAGAUGAUCGUGGUCGCGUCCCAGUGAACACCAUGUUCCAAACGAUUGUCCCUAGCAUCUAUGCAAUCGGUGAUUGCAUUCACGGCCCAAUGUUGGCUCACAAAGCCGAAGACGAAGGUAUCAUCUGCGUCGAGGGAAUGCUCGGUGGACAUGUUCACAUCGAUUACAACUGCGUACCCAGUGUUGUGUAUACUCACCCCGAAGUUGCUUGGGUUGGCAAGAAUGAGGAAGAACUUAAGAACGAAGGCGUUGCCUACAACGUGGGCAAAUUCCCGUUUGCGGCAAACUCCCGUGCCAAGACCAACAACGACACCGAAGGUUUCGUCAAGGUGCUGGCCGACAAGCAAACCGAUCGCGUGCUCGGUGUACACAUUAUUGGACCGGUCGCCGGUGAACUGAUCAACGAGUCUGCCCUUGCCAUGGAGUACGGCGCUUCUGCUGAGGAUGUUGCCCGUGUCUGCCAUGCCCACCCGACGUGUGCGGAAGCGUUACGGGAAGCCCACACAGCUGCCACGUUUGGCAAACCGAUUAAUUUCUAAAUAAGUGUGUAGUGUAUGAUGAACUCCGAGAAACAUCAAUGAAUAAUAUAAGCUAAGAACAUGCGGAGAAUUUUGCGUAAAAUAUAUGUGCUUUUAAAGCACUUCGGUCGAAUCUAGUACUGCGUAACUAGAGUGACACGCGAGAUUACAAAUUGGAGAGAAUAUCAUUUUUAGCAGUUCCCAGGAAGAAAAAAACGUAAGUAUCACCAAGUAAAACAACAAAUACAAGGCCCUUCAUCUCGAACCGAAGCAGAUGAGUAAGAACAAGCAAUUCUGCUAUUUUGUAUCAAAAAGCGUAAGGAACCUAUUAAAUUAUUGUGUUAGAUACAAUCUAA